AACGCAUGCGUUUGACGGCUUUUUUGCAUUCACUUAGGGAAAAAAAGAAAAAGUUCUGCGCGAAGAAAGAAAAGGUUAAAAUUCCAUUAAACAUUAGAUAAACAGGGUAAAAUACAUUGAAGACACUUUUACACAGGCAGCUAGACACGUUGAUCGUUUCGUUUAUUUUUUUUUUGCAACAAAAAUUUCAUGUGUGUUUGAUAAAAAUUUUUACCGAUAUUUCGGCAUAAAGAGAGCGAGAGGAGUAGCAGCAGAGACUAAGCAAGACGACACCCCCGAACAGCAACGAGACGAAGCGUCGAGGCUACGCGACUACGCAAAAAAUACAAUAAAAACGAAAAUAUAAGCAACAGCAUCGACAGGCAGCGCGCAAAAACCGCACAAAAAACAGGAGAAGGAAGAGAAGUUACAAACAACAGCAGCAAGAAUGAGCAAACCUCACUUUGAUGUGCCACUGACCAUUGAGCCAGAACAUGAAUUGCGUUUUGUGGGUCCUUUCAACCGGGCUGUUGUCACAAUAAUGACCCUGCGGAAUAAUUCGGCAAUGCCAUUGGUUUUUAAAAUCAAGACCACCGCACCCAAGCGGUAUUGCGUACGUCCAAACAUUGGCAAAAUUGCUCCAUUUCGAUCUACCCAGGUUGAGAUUUGCCUGCAGCCGUUUAUGUAUGAUCAGCAGGAGAAAAAUAAGCACAAGUUUAUGGUUCAAAGCGUGCUAGCACCUAAUGACGCCGAUUUAACUGAUUUGAAUAAAUUAUGGAAGGAACUAGAGCCUGAACAGCUGAUGGAUGCUAAGCUGAAAUGCGUCUUUGAAAUGCCCAGCUCCGAGGCGAAUGCUGAGAACAAUAGUAGCGGCAACGUCGCUGGCGGUGGCAGUGGCAUCAGUGCCGGAGCUGGAGUUAAUACCAGCUCAACCAGCGGCGAGGCUAAUAAAGUUGGCGACGGCAUCAGCAAAUUGGCGUCUAAUGAAGACAAGACUUCAAUUAUGUCCGAUGCUAUAGAAUCUAUGACUGGGGAAAUAAAGACACUGCGCGAAUGCAAUAGCGAACUACGAACAGAAAAUCUAAAGUUGAAAGAUCAAGUUACACGUUUCCGCAGCUCGACCGUUAAGCCGGUAAAUGAACCCUAUGCCCCGGUUUUGGCAGAAAAACAGAUUCCGAUCUUUUAUAUUGCAAUUGCUAUUGCUGCGGCUUUUUUGGGUCUGUUAUUGGGCAAAUAUUUUCUCUGAAUGCCAUUAAUCCAACAAUAGCAACUAUACCAACAUCAGAAAAUAACUCAACACCAACAACAAUAGCAAUAAAAGCAGCAACAACAACGAAUGCAGCAGCAAAACAAAGUGCAGAGGUAAAGAGUGCGGUUAUUUGAAUCUGCAUGGAGAAAAUUGUAUUUAAAAAAAUUAACAAAAAAAAAAAAAAAUCAACAAUAUGUCAAAACCUAAAACAAACAGAAAAGUUUUAAUUUUGCAUUUUCCAUUUAUCUUUUUACUUGUUCAAAGUCAUCAAAACUAAGAAAUAAUGAAAAAGAAACAAAGCAAAAAAAAAGUUAUACAUAAAGUAAAAAUAUUUUGUUUAAAGCCGAAAUUUUUAGUUUUCGCAAGAGAUACAGAAGGAGCAAUAAAGUAGACAUUUCUAUUUGUGCAAACAAAAAAGUGAUGUAAAAUCUUGCGGUUAGGCAGCAAAUGUUUUUACCACCUGACCUGUUUCAUUGGCGCACACUGAAAGAAAUUUACCGGCCUAUUAGAAACCUAUACAAAUUAAGAUCCAAAUUUAAAUGAAAAUUAACUGCUUUACUUAAUUGAGCAGGAGUUUGUUUGCGAAUAGAAUGCACUUAACACGAAAUUUGAAUAAAAGAAACAAAUGCAAAAUCAAAAACGUCGGCUUAAAAAGCUGUUCAACGUUGUGGCUCUCUACAAAACAAUAAAAAUUGCUUCACUUUUUCUCUCUUGCUCUCUCUUCAUGUCAUUCAAUUAAUCACUAAAGACACAAUAAGAGAAAUUAUUUGUCAUUUCCAUAAAAUUAGUUUUUUUUUUUGUUUCUACAAUGAAUACGUUGUUAUUAAACUGUACAGCAACACAGGAAUACUUGCAGUAGUUCAUUCUUAUUCUUGAUAUUAUGUAAUUCUGUUGUUGCGUUUAUCAGUUAAAACAUUUAUAGGCACACUCCUUUAAAUGCAGACACUUACAAAACACAAAAGACACGUCGCAAAAUAUAAAGAAACUUUUACAUGACAUUGACAGAAUCCUAUGG